AUGGAAUCCGACGCAAAUAUAGGUUUGACUGAAUCACUCGAGCGUGUCCAACGAAAAUGUUUACCAUAUAUUAGCUACAAACGACAACGUAAUACUGGUGACCUUUCUCCUUCCUUAUCUAUACCACGAAAUAUGAUUCAAAUGAGCAUCCAAUUUCAAUAUCUGGACAACAGAAGACAACGCAAUGAUAUUUACUUCAUGACCAAACUUGCAAACGGAACUAUAUCUAGUCCUGAGCUUCUGAAACUAGUACAAUUUCAUGUUCCUCUAUAA